AUGCAAAUCCGAAAAGACUUCAACAAGGCCACACCACAAGAAAGAAAGCAAUACACCGAUGCCAUCAGCUGUGUCAUGACUUUUCCCUCGAAUUUGGAUCAAACACAAUACAGCGGCGCAAUCAACCGGUAUUUUGAUUAUGCAACCGUCCACAUCAAUUUGACUCAAACCAUCCAUUUGGAUGGUUUCUUCCUUGUUUGGCACAGGAUGUUUGUCCAUUUGUUUGAGAAAGACAUGCGAGAAAAUUGUGGUUUUCGAGGACCGAUGCUGUAUUGGAAUUGGCCCUCCACCGCAUUCGACAUUGACACAACUCCGAUUUUCAAUGGCGAUAGAUACUCGAUGUCGGGCAACGGGGAGUAUUUCAACCCUGGCCCUUACCAAGUCGGGCCGAACUUCAUUGUGCCUCAUGGGUCGGGAGGUGGAUGUGUGACCACAGGCCCAUUUGCAAAUCACACAAUCACUAUGCAGCCAAGUAUCGACCCUCUAUUCUUGCUCACAGGCGACCCCCUUCCCCAGACUGUUUUCCAGAAGAACGAAUCAUGUAUGACUCGUGACCUCAAUUCUUGGGUAGCGACUAAGUUCGACAAUUGGACCAGAGUUGAAGAUGCCCUGAAGUGUCCCGAUCAAGCGUGUCUUGCAAGGGAGUUGAAUGGCGCGUUUGGUGGAAAUGAUUUUGGAUUGCAUGGAGGCGCUCACUUCAGUGUAGGCCCACCCGAGAGCAACAUCUUCGUGUCUGUACAAGAUCCCAUAUGGUGGCCACUGCAUACAAUGCUGGACAACCUCUAUGUCCAGUGGCAGAAGAGACAUCCCGAUGUCCAAAAUCAAACAUGGGGUACGGAAACAGCAAACAACGUCCCUCCCAGCUCCAAUGUCACCCUUGAUACUUGGACUCCAGAUUGGGGGUAUUUUGCUCCGUCUAUGCAAAUGAAGGACUUAAUGAGCACUACCGCUGGCCCAUUCUGUUACGACUACGAAUGGGAAGAUGGUCCAUAUAGCUGA